ACAGAACAGCACACAAGUGCCUUAUCGGUUUCCCCCUUGGCGCCAUUUCUAUUACGAGAUAACAAAAAUCGCACUUCGUCGGUUUCGAAGCCAUAGCAGUAGUCAAGAUGCUUCUCGCUUCACUCGAUUGCUUCUCCUUUCCUUCUGCAUCUUCUAUGCUCUCCUCUCCACUUUCUCGCAAUCGCAGAUUAUCCUCCUUAUGCACUAAAACUCUGAUUUUGACCAACUCGCCUAGUCGAACUCCCCCGAAUCGUUUCUGCUGCACAGCAAGUCUGAUUAUGAAUCCUGACUCGUUCGAGGUGGGGAAACUGAUCGGCAGCUAUGGGUUUAUGAACAUUACAAGCUAUUCUGGUUACCAAUCGGGGAUGGAUUUGGAGUACUCAUCAGCAGUGAAUAUGGGGCAAUUAAAAAUGCAAGAUGUGGGUGAAGGUGGUGUGAAGAUCAGGCUUUAUGAAGGAAGAAUAGUUCAGGGUUCGCUUAAAGGAACUUCAGUUGUUUUUAAGGUUUAUCCUGGACGACGAGCCGGUGGUGUUGAAGCGGAUAUGAUGGCAGCAAAUGAGCUUAAUACUCAUGCUGUGCUUCAGCAGGGCAGUUCAAAAGGUAUCUGUCAGAAUCUCCUCAUACUCGUAGGAGGGUUUGAGACCAAAACUGGGGAACAGUGGCUUGCUUUCCGUAAUGAUGGGAAAUAUAGUGCAGCAGACUAUGCAAAAAUUACGAGUGAAAAAAUAUCAAAAAGCCGUUCUAUUGGGGAAAACUCUUGGAAUCUUUUUGAGCAAGAGCAAACAAUAAAACGCAGAAGAUAUUUUGUUAUUGCACUUCUUAGGGGUGCUAUUAGUGGCCUAGGAUUCAUGCAUGAUCAUGACAGAUUGCACCAGAGUCUUGGACCAUCGUCUAUUGUUUUGAAUACCAUAAUGGAGAAAGAUUCUGCCUACUUGGUUCCACGACUUAGAGAUCUAGCCUUUUCUGUUGAUAUAAGUAUUUCUCGUUUAGAAGAGGGCAAUAAAAUGCUCUCAGAAGGACUUUGGAGAAGGGCAAUCACUGCUGGUGCCUUCACGCCUAUGGAGAAAAGAUCCUUCGGAAUUGCAGAUGACAUAUAUGAAGCAGGUCUUCUUUUUGCAUACCUGGCUUUUGUUCCAUUUUGUGAAGCAGGCAUAAUGGAUAGUCUUUCUUUGCAAAGGCUUUUCGAAAGCACUUUCAAACUUGAUCUUGAUGCUGCAAGAGAGUAUUGUUUAGCAGAUGAUCGCUUGGAAGAAGCUGUCAAGUUUCUGGAUCUUGGUGAUGGGGCCGGUUGGCAAUUACUUCAGGCAAUGCUAAAUUCUGACUACCGGAAACGACCAAUUGCUGAUGCAGUACUCAACCAUCGAUUCAUGACUGGUGCGGUGCUUUGAGCUUCAAAAGCUACAAACAUGUCUGAUAUUUGUACGUAGUAAAUAUUUAGGCAUCAGAAUAUAUAUUGAAGAGUGAAUUUUUUUUUUUUUUUUUUUUUUUU